UAAUUUAUGAGAUUUUGAUUCGCCAUCUCACGAAACAAAACUGCGUGCGGCCAAGCUAUUUGCACAGCUACUAUUAUCGAUUCUUCAAGUAGAGAUUUGUGUCACGUGUUUGGACUUUGGAUACCAUGACACUAAACACACAAUCAUGUACAACAUCCAUCUCGUUCUUUUAACACACCUCUGUAUUUACUGUCAUACGCAUACAAUCAAACAUUUAAACUAUAGUAUAUAGUAAAAUAUAACAACAAUAAUGAGGAUAUACAUUGUUAUUAUAUUGCUUUGUUUAUGUAGACCGUGCGUAAAUGAAGAUAUUAUGUUUCCAUUCGGAACGGCGGUGGGUGACAGUGCUGUACCAACCAGUAAUAAUGGAAGCUCUGGAUUGAUUUCUAUAUCAACACUGUUUCCGUUUUAUGACCACAACCAUGACUCUCUUUAUGUAAACACAGAUGGCGCCAUAUCGUUCCUAUCUGAGGUAAGCCAGUAUAGCUCGGAUCCGUUUCCGCUGGAUGGUGAUCGGCGACUGAUAGCUCCGUUUUGGGCUGACGUAGACACUAAUAAUGGUGGCACAGUCUACUACAGACAAGUUUUACCUAACAACAACGAAGGUCUUGCAGACCGAGCAACACAAAUAGUGAGAGAUACCUUUAUUGACCAAGAUGAUUUCAGAGCUACUUGGCUGUUCAUUGCAACCUGGGACAACGUAUCUUAUUACGGAUCUACCAACACAAGUCUUAGAAACAGCUUUCAAGCAGUACUGGUGACAAAUGGCCUUCAUUCAUUCACAUUUUUUCAUUAUGGUGACAUCAUGUGGACAACCGACACGACAAAUGGUGGUUCUCCGGACACCGGUCUAGGGGGUACACCGGCACAGGUAGGCUUUAAUGCUGGAGAUGGACAAAGGUCCUAUUCAUUGCCUGGAUCAAGAAACGCGUCGAUUAUAAAUAUAGACACGACGACAAACGUUGAUGUAAUUGGACGCUGGGUAUUUCGAACUGACAAAGAGAAAGUUGUUGAAGAUGGCUGCAAAAAGGAAGUCUCUACGGGAACACUAACAGUGUUUCCAUCUUUUGGCUCGAUGCUUGGUGGUGAUAUUGUCAUCGUUCAAGGUCCGUGCUUUGACCUUCAAUACAACAUCAGCUGCAGCUUUAUUUACCCAUAUGGUGUUAAAACCCCCGGUAUAGUUCUCAACACAUUAAAGGCUGCUUGUGUGACACCUACAUUUUGGGAUACCGGACCAACCAAAUUCUACGUUUCGAAUGAUGGAGGGCAAACAUAUGGAUUUGAGGGCGUUUUGAACAUACUGAACUUCGAAGAUGUUGUGACUCCAGUGACUGUAGAUUAUGAUUUAUCAUCAACACUCGUGACUGUAACCUGGAACACAUCAUUUACACCGUACGAGUUGGUUAAUAUUGAAUUGUUCACAUAUACUGAAGAAUGGGGUCAAUUAAAUGUGGCCUCGUUGAUAAGAAGGUGGGUGAAAGAAAAAGUUGAUGGAGCUACCGGUGUGGUCGCCUUCCAAGCUAUCGAUGUAACUAUAAGUGAUGAUGACCAUAUCGGAAUUUUCCGGGUUUCAAAGUAUAACGGCAAGACCACCAAUUGGUUUCUACCAGCAGUUUGGAGUGAAGUUAUGGACUUAGGCUGGUUACGUGCAGCUCAGAACGUUUUCCACGAAUUUCAAAGUGAUCCCUGGUGUUCCGAAUGGGAGAUACUAGAGAAGAGCCUAGGCAGCUUCUUAGAAGACACACAGGACUGUCCGUGCACAUUUCAGCAAGCCUUAGCGGACACUGGUCGGUUCACUUUACACUCAGCGUGUUAUCUGCCUAACAAUUACUAUUUCGGUUGUAACACUUUUGAUUACAUUCCUCAAUGUGUUCGAGCAACUACACCAAGUAAGAUUGGUAGUGGGAUUGAAUGUUGUUAUGGACCUAAUGGUGACCUACUCAACAUACAAGACCACCCGUAUGCUGGAUUUUCUCAUCGGCGCCAUUACAAAGGUGAUAACUCCGGUGCAGGAGCUGGAACAGUGCCAUACUUGUCCCAUUUCGCAGCCGACAUUUUACCAUUCCGAUAUUGCUGUUAUUAUUCGCAUCAUAGAGAGACUUGUGAACAUUUUAAAGACAGGCGUCCUUCAAAAGACUGCACCACUUACGUGCCACCGCCAAUAGGUGGUGGUUAUGGUGAUCCGCAUAUCCGCACACUAGACGGUACGUCUUAUACAUUUAAUGGGCACGGCGAGUACACAUUUAUCGAAGCUCUAGACAAACAGUUUGUUAUGCAAUGCCGGAUGGAACCAAUCACAGGAAGAAAUGCAUCUCGUAUUACCGCAAUGGCUGCAAAAUUCAAUGAAACAGAUAGUGUUCACAUUGGCUUAAGUGAACGACGAGGACUCGAUGCUCGCAUCAAAUCCGAUAGUGGAUGGCAAUUGGUAGACUUUGAACGUACAAACUUCAGGGAGUUUAACGGAUUUUCAGUGUAUAAACCAAACAGUACCAAAAUUAGUUUUACGGCUAUUUUCGAUUCUGGAAUUGCUUUCACAAUGGAAGAAACGAGCGACAUCAUGUCAGUAGUAUUCACUGGAUCUGAAGCAAUGAAAGGCAGCACAAGAGGGCUUUUAGGAAACUGGAAUGAUAAUGCUACUGAUGAUUUGAUGACACCUAAUGGAGACGUCAUCAGUUCAAACUCUUCACUCAGGGAUAUACAUUUUAAUUUCGGCCAAUUAUGGAGCAUUGAUCCACAAGAGGCUUUAUUUUACUACGAACCUGGAAAAUCUCACAGCGACUACAGUGAUCCCUCGUUUUUGCCAAUAUUCGAACCUCCAGACAACAUUGAUGACAACGAAAUUCAACGUGUUUGUGGAAGCAAUUUUGAGUGCAUGUUUGACUAUCAGGUAACGGAAGACCCAGUAAUUGCAGAUGCUACACGGACAAACGUUAAAAAUUUGGAAAGACUCGUUGAAUACUCUAAACCAGUUGUAGCAUGUCCAUUUGUUUCUGCACCGACUGAUGGAAACAAGAAUGGUACUUCAAAUCUGGAAGGAAGUAGCCUGAUAUUCACUUGUGACAAUAGAUUUUAUCUUAAUGGAAGUGACCACAUUGUGUGCCUGGCAAAUGGAACCUGGUCGGAUAACCCACCAAUCUGUUUUCGAAAUGAAACCACAUGUCCAAAUGUUACUGCACCUGAGAAUGGGUCUAAAAACGGAUCAAACAGCAUAGGUAAUAACAUGGUAUUUUCGUGUGACUAUGGAUUUAAACUUAUCGGAAAUGAGGUGAUUAUGUGCCAAGAAAACAACACUUGGUCGGGAAGUGAACCGGUCUGUCUCCAAGGUGGGUAUGUCUAA